AUAAAAAAUAAUUGUAGAAGUGCUAAAGUUGAAUUGUUUAUACACAUUUCGGGGCUUCAAACUUGUUCCACUCUUAAAAUGAAACUCUUCGUUUUGCUCUUGUGUGUAUGCCUGGGACGGUCCCUUCCAAAUAAAAAAAUUACCAGUUUGAGGACAUAUACUGGUCCGCGCAUAAUUGGAGGUUCACUAGCACGAAGUGGCCAAUUUCCAUUUUCUGCUGCCAUAUUUACUACUACUCUGGAUGGUAACUACUUCUGUGGUGGGGCUUUGGUAACAGACCAAUGGGUGCUAACAGCUGGACAAUGCGUUGAUGGUGUGGAAUUGUUUGAGGUUCAUUUGGGAACCAAUUCCUUAGAUGGAAGUGACCCCUAUGCUGUAAAGGUAUCUGCAGACGAGUAUGUUUUACACCCCGAGUAUGAUCCUCUCUCUUUGAAAAACGAUAUUGGUUUAAUUUGGCUUCGUUUACCAGUGGAGUUUUCUGACUAUUUGAAACCUUUUGAGUUUUUGCCUUUUGGUGAAUUUCCUGCUGAGAGUACAGCGAUGGCUAUAGGGUGGGGUCAAAUUUCAGAUGAUGAUCCAGGACUUGCCAGUGACCUUCGUUGGGUAUAUAUGUAUUCAGUUGAAAAUCUAGAGUGUAAAAUAUUCUACGGUGAUCAAAUUACAGACGGUAUGGUUUGUGCUGCUGGAGACUACAACGAAGGAACUUGUUUUGGAGACACUGGUAGUCCUUUAGUACAAAUCGUCAAUCGAGACCAAGCACUCAUUCCAGCAAUUGCCAGCUUUGUUAGUAUGAAUGGAUGCGAAAGUCCGGAACCGUCUGGAUUUACAAGAGUAUUUACAUACGUUGACUGGAUAAAGAAUGUAACGGGCAGAGAAUGAAAUUUAAAAAUUAUGAAAUAAAGAAAUAAUACAU